CGGGGAAAUCGUGGGGCACCUCUUGUGUUCGACAAAACAAUUGAGCUAAACGAAAUCCAAAAUUAUUCGCAACAUGGACGAGUCGGAACUUCUAUUCAAUUUGUUUUACUUCCUGUUGUGCAUGGUUAUUAUCUACCCGCCCGAGGAGUUCCAACGCCUGGGAUUCACAAUCGAGCAGUUGUUCGCUCGGUUCCUGGGAGAGGAGUACCUGGACUUUGUGGGCUACCACCUGCGCCGUACUUCGCUGAAUCUCUUCGUGCAUUCCUGUCUGCCCUUCUCCUACUUUCUUAUCCAUAGGCUUAAGUUCUCCGUCUUCGCUACGCAGGAACCCCUGGAGGACUCCGACUUGGACCCGGAUUUCCCGAUGCCCCAGGAAGCGGUGGCGUUUAAAACGCUUACGUGGAAAACCGCCCAGCGGUUUAGUGUGUUGGCCGUUCUGGCGAUGCCCGCUUUGAUCUUUAACUGGCACCAGCAAAAUUGGCGUAGGCACCCGAUCAGCAAGGCCCUAUCCAAGUACUCUAUCUCCCCGGGCAGCUACAGAGCCGUGGCCAGCGAAAUUGGUACAGAGUUUCGGCAACCAGACAUAUACAAAAAAAAGCUGAACUCCAUCAGCUCGGUGAUUGCCACGCAGAACUGGAUAAUAAAAACCACCAUAUACAAUGUCCACUUUGCGCAUCAGACCAACACGUCGCUCAGCGUAGCUAAGGCAGAGACGUACAAUAUAUCGCAACAAGACCAAAACGAUACAUUGCAGAUGAUAAGUAUUAUUGUGCGACCAAUGAGACAAGGUGUAAGCGACUUUCACAUACGAAUUAAUGCCCUGGAGUUUAGGAAUCUAGAGAACCGUGUUCGUCGGCCUAUCGCAAUUCCUUCUAACAUUCAGUUCCACCGCAAUGUUAUUGACCGCUUUGUGGACGUAUUCAAGGCGCAAGUCGCCCUAAAUCCCAUUUUUGCAGAGGAUGCAAAUACGGAUAAGUGUUUUGCCUGUAUGCUAAACGAACCAAACACCAAAAUCCACAAGCAGUGUGCCGACUUUGAUCGUAAUGGCGCUCCCCUGGCGGAUGGGGCGUGCUGCUCAAACUGCUACUGCCGCCCCAUGUGGUGCGUGGAGUGCCUAGCGCGGUGGUUCGCCGCUCGCCAAAGCGAUGUGGAUCGCGAAAUGUGGCUGGAGCAGAAGUGCACCUGCCCUAUGUGCCGAGCCAAGUUUUGUGUGCUUGAUGUCAGCUACAUUACACCGACAGUCGAUGCAACUAACCUUACUCAGUAUUAGGGCGCCGAAGGCGAGGCUGAUGAUACCACGUGAUUUACGACUGUUAGAUAGAAUUAAAGGACUUUUAAAUCGAA